UGUAGAUCUUGUAUGGUUUUGUCCUUUCGUGCCGGCCCACCUGCCGGUCCACUCAUGUGCGGAGUUCUUCUGCGGAAAGCUUUGCAGAGCUUCUGCAGAGAUCUUUGAGUGGCGCCAGCUGCGAAGGAGGAGAAGCCACGCACCGGUCGAUGCUGAGCGUCGAUGCAGAGGGGCGGUGGCAGAAGUGGCAACGGGGCGCCUCGGAGAAGUGGCAGAAGCUGCAGCUCUUGCGCCAGGUCUUGGCCACGCUUUGGAUGCCCACCGUGCUUUGGGGCAAUACUGCCAGGAGCUGGUGGCUGCCAGCCAUGGCCCUGUCUCACACGACUCUGGUCUUGGGCAUGGCACAUCAUGCGCAGGGACGCUUGAGGCGCUUGCAAAAGCCAGGCGUGCGACUGGUGUCCUCACUGACCUCCGAACGGCCAUGUCCUGCACCCCCGAGCGCCUGGCUGCGCGUGCUUUGGGCCUCCUUGCUGGCAUUGAAUGUGACCUGGACCCAUCUUGGAGCCUUGAUCUACCACUACGACCGCAAGGUCAGCCCGCGUAGCCUGCGCUGCUUCCGUGGCUUCCUCUUGACCUUGGGCUUUUGCGUUGGAUCUUGGAGUCUGGCAUUGCAAUACGUCUAUUCCGAGUGGAUCUUCCUCCGGAGCGGCGUGCGGAGCUCCCAUUUCUUGUACACAGAGAUUGCCUAUGUCUUGGAAGACAGCACGGAGCAAACUCGGGCAAAUUCUUGGAGUAAUUCCUGAGGGAGAUGAAGAAGCACCUGUCGUAGCAACCAGGCCAGGGCGACGCCACCGCUCCGUCGUCGACGUGAACCGCAUCGACCGAGACGGCGACGGUGAAGGCAG